UCAGUGAUUCAAUGUUACAGAAACAAGAACAUCUAAAGCAACAGAGUGAAUAUCCAAUGUGAUAUAACCUUCAUGUGUACUGUGAAGGAUCUGAACGACAAUCAACACAAAACACCCACUAAAUACUGAAGUCUAUCACCUGUGGGCCACAUAAAUCAGCUUUAAAAAGACACAUCCAAGCAGAUUGAUCGGAGUCAUUCUUAAAAAUGCCCGGACAGCUUCCACCCCAGUUGUCCGGUCUGCUAAUCAACCUCUGUGAAGCUGGGAGACUAUUUAUUAAGCAGCAUGAAAGUAAGAAAACAAGAAUGCAAGCCAUUACAGAUGAACUUGUAGAAAUAUCUAACAAUUUAAAAGUGGUGCAGAACAAUCUGAACAAAGCCAGACUACAUGGGGCAGUCGUAGAAGGAGUUGGAGUAGUAACCGUGGGGCUAGCUGCAGCUUUUCUACCAGCUCCUGGAAAACUGGCAUUAUGCAUCACAGGAGGCACGGUAGCAGUCUGCGGAGUAAUAUGGGCUCUUACAGCAAAUGCUACCAAGGCCAUGACAGAGAUCAUGAGUAUCAUCAAAAUUGAAGAUUUGGGGAAAGAAUUAAUGGAAAUCAUCGAGCUGCUAAAGGGUCUCCUGGUGGACAUUAAGAAGGUGUCCCGGGAGUUGGAGGAAAAGUGCUCCUCUUUAAUUACACCAACGAGGAACCAGGCAAAGAUAGGACUGACGAAAACGGAAGAACUUCAGCAGCUUCUGAGGCAAACGGCUACACUGUCAGAGAAAAGCAAGGAAGUCGUGGACGGGACUCUCAACACACUGAGGCAAGUGAAGGAACUGUUAGACUUCAUUAUCACUCUCACCAGCAACACUCUUAAGACUGAGGAUGACGCGAAGCUCAGAGACUUAAUCACCGAUUCAGCUCUGCUGUGCGAGAACACCGUGCUGGAGUUUGCAAAGAUGAGGAACACGCUCAGGGACUACCUGGAGAAGCAGGCCGGGUAGGGACGUGCAACUCCAUCGUUGAAGUAAAGCACAGUGUUGCAUCACAGCUGCAAGCAAAAGUCCUUCGAUAAAAUACAAUUAAUCUCUACUUGCAGUCAAACAUAAUAUUCAUAUGAUCAUAAAUACAUUGUUGAAAGGUUUAUAUCCAAACGUAGGAAUACAAAUAAUUGCAUUUUUAUGUUUUUUGGAUUGUUUUUUUUUUAAUAUAAACCAGUAAAUGUUCGUAACCACAACUGUGUUUACUGUAUAUUUCGUCUGUGAUUGUUUUUUGUGAGUGUAAUAAGUACAAGUUGAAGUGAUCAUAUGUUAAAAGAAAUAUGUGAAAUGUUCUUUCUGUCAAAAGCAUCUGAAGACGUGAGUCUGUGUUUUUCAGCAGCUUGCAGGCUGAGCACAGGCAGGAGAGAUAGUUGACGCUGUAUUCUACAUAUUUUACAGACAGUUUUGUACGUGGUGUUCAAAAUGUAAAGACCACACUCUCAACCAGAGCAAGGACAAACUUCCAGUCUGAAAAGUGAAGCCAAUGUGGAAGUGCCUUUCUUUCUAGUAGUCAGAAUGGAGGCGACACUUGUACAGUGAUAUCGUAUAGAAGUCUAUGAAAGGACUUCUUUUACCUUAGUAAACAUUUCCUUAAAGGGUUUAUAGUUUAAAUGACUGAUCAAUCAUUUAAAGACUUCUUGAAUACUGUUUUGAGUUCAUUUUGUCAAGAUUCAGAGAUUUCAUGUGAAGGAACCAAGUGUUACAAUCUCUUAAACAUGCAGUAACCACAAAGCUGUUCAAUAUAGGCUACUGCUUUUUGGAUACUGUUGAUAAAUUAAUCAACCGAUGCAUUACACUUUGUCAGCUGUGAUAAAGACUUAAACAGGGCGGCAACAUUUUAGGAUUGUUGCCAAAUACUUUCACUGCUUAGUCAUACCUGGAAUUUACUGUCCUUUCACUUCGGUAAACAAUACAUUCAAUGACUAAGAUAGCUAAAAAUACAUCACAUAAAGGCUAUAGCACAGGAGAGCUAAUUGAUGCUAGCAUUUACAUUUGCUGCCUUUCAGUGCAUUCUGCCUCCACAGCCCGAUAUAUUUGAGCAGAUACUGUGGAUAAGAAAUGGCAAAACUGAUUAAAUAAUACACGUUGUCGUCACUCUUAUGUCUUGAGUUAAAAGUAGAGAGUAUUGGCACCAUUCCCAUCUCAGUGUGCCUUCUCUAUGAUAGCAUGUUUCCAGUUGUUAUGCUAAACUACAUAUACAGGUCAAAUACACUUGCAAUGCAGACUUUCCUCCAGUCCUCUAACAGCUCCGGUAACCUCGACACCAACUCUCAGAGCCCUGCUGACCCUGCUUGUUUGUGGUCAGAGCCAAUAGAGAUGCAUUUAUAAAAACUCACGCUGCUUCGGGCUGACUUUCGACACCCUCGUCAUGUGUUUCCACUUUAGCUGCAAUUGUAUUCCUCUUCAUUAUUCAUUCAAACAGAGCAGCAGCAGCAGCAGUGGCCAGCACUUGCAGCAAAUUUCUUCCAUGUGUUUCUAAUUGCCUCAGUCGAGGUGUUUUUAACACAAGGUGAAGUCAUUAACACAUGGGCACACUCUUUAGAUGUGGAGCCAGGCGGCCGCGGGUGAGAGGGUCGACAACAGCUAAUGCACCGAUACAGAAACACAUGUCACGCGCUGUGCAGAACACCAACGCACUAGUCCACUGCGCCACACGCCUCCUAUAUCUAUUAAUAUUACAUUUAAUCUCUGGUGUAACUUCUUUUUUUUCUCACUAUUUAACGAUCGGAGGAGACCAUCUUUACAAAUUACAUUGUAUGUAUCACGGCUCUUUCUAGAUCUUCAAAAACAAAAGGAAAAACAUUUUUAAAUUAAUGUAAUCCACAUUCAGGAUUUUUUUUUUUCUUUUAAAUUAUGUAUUUACUUGAGACAUCAUAUAGCCCAACAACUAUUGGCAUCUGCUGUUUAGCGUAAAUGUAUUUAUGAGUUAAUCCAAACUCUGCUGUGCAGAAACUCUUAGGGAAAAUACUGCAAAUGACUGAAAUGAGAUAUUGAAAUAUGUAGAGAAGACUGGACUAAAAGAUCUGGAGGACAAAUGUCCAUCUAUGCCAUGAAUAGAAAAGAUAUCCUGAUAAUUAACAUGUGCCUUCAGAGGGAAAUCAAAGAAGCUUUCAAGGAAAUAUUCAACACUUUUAUGCACUUCUUGGAAAGUUAGCAAGCACCUUUAAAAAUGUUUACUAUCUCUAUAUCUCUUAAUAGUACAUUUAAUUGAUCAUGAGUUAAGAAUUUAUAAUGUGUUUUCCCCUGUAUUUUAAGGAUUGGAGGACGGCAUCUUUACAAAUGUCAUUGUAUGUAUGGCGGUACAUAUUCUUUCUACAUGUUAUUUUUCAUAUGUCAUAUUAUAAUCCACAUUCAGGAUGUUCCAUUAACUUUGAUGCUAUAUACUUUCGUUUAGACAUCAUAUAGCAUCAUU